CAUUUGUCAAAACAUUUAUUCGUCUCCAACAAAAUCAAAGCCCUGUAACUCGGCUAGAGAGCUUCCAUAUUCUAGUAUUAUAUUUAAUAUUUCGCUUAAUAUAUAUAAAUAACUUGGAGGCAAGUCCUCUGCGGCAUGUACUCCACCGAAAGGAGUCGGCAACCCACCAGGAACUCCACCAUCGACCCCCAGGACAUCUUUACACCACAGCUAUCCUGCCUUGGGGAGCAGAACAAGGACAAGGACAAGGACUCGGACAAGGAUUCGGACAACGACUCGGAGAAGGCGGUAAAGAUGCUGGGCACAUCGUCAGAUUACUAUUCGGAGGAACUGGAAAUGGAGGACCUAAAGGCCUUCGAGAUACGUAUGGAGGAGCUGGCCACAGCCAAUAAACGGCGUCCCUUUCGCUGGCCCUUGGUGUUGGGCACAAUCUUUGCCUGCACUGCGAUCAGUGCCUGCCAUUGGGUCGAGGAUGUCCGUGAGAGUGAUUCCUAUGUCCUGCAACUGCUCUCCAGUCGCGGUGCCCUUGCCAUCUCACUGGCCACCCUGGUCAUGAUGAUCCUCUAUGGGGCCAAGCAUGUGACCAAACGUUAUCCCAGCGAAUCCGUGCGGUCCACACGGGAUGCCCUGGCUCUGUUCCAGCUCCAUUGCGAUAACGAUGGUCGCCUCAUUCGGGUGGAACCAAUGCCGAGGGAGGCUUCUCGCAGGACAUCAUUUAAUUCCCGUGGUUCGCACAAUACACAUUGACCAGCAAAUCACCAAAGAGUCUCGGUUUAUGCAUGUUAUUGAAACUGG